ACCGCCCCGCCAGCCACCAUGGCCUCCCUCCGCCCGUCGAUGCGCCCGCUGAGCGCCUGCCUGCGCUGCGUGCGACCAGCCCCGCGCCGCCUGCUGUCGUCGACGGCCGUGGCCCGCGAGGAGCUGCACACCCGGCCGUCGCCCGACGCCGCGCCCGCAUACAUGCUGGACUGGGGCGCCCUCGACCCGCAGACGGUCGAGACCAAGAAGCAGGAGCGCCGCCUGCUGCGGCGCGAGCACGUCCAGCCCGUGGGGUCGCGCCGUCGCCGCGCCGUCCUGCGCCGCUCGGCCAACCGGGCGCCCGAGGUGCCCUUCGAGCAGCUCCCCUACCAGUGCUUCCAGGAGGCGCGCAAGGUCCUGCUCGACGACAGGCAGGAGAAGCUGCGGGACAUGGAGACGCAGCAGCUGCGCAUCCAGAACCUCGCCGACCAGGACCCCGCCGUGAGCGGCGGCGCUGCCCGCAAAGACGCGAGGCUGCGCAGCAUGAAGGCGCACCUGCACGACCUCGUCAUCCUGGCCGACAUCAACGACCCCGUCGUCAAGCGCAAGUUCGAGGACGGCCAAGGGGACAUGAACAAGCCCAUCUACCGCCAUCUCGCCGAACGCAAGUGGUCCAAGUACAAGCGUCUCGUCCUCGACCAGCGUGUCACCCAGCUGGCCAUCGUCCCCGAUCUGCUCCCCUCGCUGGAUCUCGUCGCAGACAUUGACCUUGGCUUCGGGCGAAAGACGGUGGCGCCCGGCGAUUUCGUCGACUCGGCCAUCAGCGAGAAGAUGCCCCGACUGAGCGUCCAGACCUUCACCCCCGGAGAGAAGCUAGUCUCGGUCGUAGUCGUCGACGCCGACGUACCCGUGCCAGACCACGACGGCUUCACCUACCGCUGCCACUUCAUCGCCUCCAACAUCUCCAUCUCGCCCACCCAGACAUCCAUUCCUCUGCAACGCAUCGCCCACGAGGACGUCAAGACAGAGGACCCGGCUGCCAAGAAGAUUGCCCUGCCCUGGGAUGCGCCUUGGGCUCACAAGGGUGCGCCCUACCACCGCUUGGCCGUCUUCGUUCUCGAGCAAAACGAGGCAUCCAAACUGGACAUGACCAAGCUCAGCGAGACCAAGCGGGACGGCUUCAUCCUACGAAGCUUUGUCGACAAACACAAGCUGCACCCCAUCACUGCGACCCUGUUCAGGACCAAGUGGGACGAGAGCAUGGCGGGCGUCAUGGAGCGGGCUGGAAUGAGUGACCAGAUCAAUGUUGAGUUCAAGAGGAAGAGAAUCGAUCCACUGCCAUAUAAGAGGCGGACGGAGCGCAUGCGUUGAGCUAGAGGGGAAAAGGAGCUGUUAGCAUGGCGAGAGUGUGCAUGACUGCAAGUGUAUCAAUGGGUGUAAAAGCAGUGCUUUACUUCGCAUGUAUUAUAUCAUCGGGCCUCGAGCGACCUCCUAGACUUCUAGUGGCUGUAUUGAAUAUUGGUGAGUUGACCCGUUGGAACGUGGUUGCUCCUUCCGUCUCCAGGUUACCCCCACCUGCC